CUGUGUAAGCCACUUAAAAAUGCGUCGUACGUCGUUCCUCGUCUUUCCGCUGUGCAUUCUCAAGUGCAUCGGGCCUGCGCUUACGAUAUGCAUCGUGAACAAACACGAAGAAGGGAACGGAGGGUCGGUCGAUCGGUUGCAAUGCUUCAACGUCACGUUAGAAACGGUUUUCAACGAGACGACGGACUCGGUGAGGUCUAUAUUGAUCUUCAACUCGAAUUUACGAUACAUUCCGGAGCGAGCUUUCGCGAGAUACGCGAAACAUUUGCAAUCUUUGAACAUGCACCAUUGUCGUAUAAACGACAUUCAUUUGGAGGGGUUCGACAGUUUGGCUAACUUGAGGAAACUCGGCCUACCGAACAAUAACAUCACACGUGUGAGGGAGGCAUGGUUCAAGGAUCUAGUAUACCUGGAACAAUUGGACCUGUCUUUCAAUAGGAUCGAUAUAAUUGAACCGGUGAUCUUCGGCAAAAUACCGUUGCUCAAGCGACUCGACAUCCGAGAGAAUCGUUUAACUUGUUUGGAACCUUCAACGUUGCCGGGUGGUAUCGACAAAGUGUACUUCUUCGGCAAUCCUUUGACUUUCAAAUGUCGGGGAAAGCUAACUCUGUGGAUGCGGGACCACGGGGUGAACUACAGAAACGAGGAGAGCGAGAAGGAAGCAUGGGUGGAUAAGCUGCUUUGGCUCUGCGCCAUCGGCGACACGAGCGUGGCCGAAUCAGAAGUCUUGAUGAAAGAAUGCAUCAUCCUGAAUUUGUUCAAUCAGUUUCGAACAGGUCUUGAGAAAUCGAAUUCCACGAUCAACCGCUGUGCCAUCGAGAGAUACCAAUUGACGAGAUGCAUAGCUGCGGAGAAUCGUCAUCAGCUCACCAACGGGAACGUAAUCAAGAAAUUGUUCUUCUAUAUCCAUCAAACGAAAAUGAAUUAAAAAAAAAAAGAAAGGAGGUAAAAAGUAAUUGUAACUUCCAUGAUUAAAUUAAGCGUAAGAUUUUAAGAUUGAAAAUAUAAAUAAUUACGAGUAAA